AUGUGUAUGCUUACGAGGCCGUUGAUGAGCAAGGGUCAUAACAACCAGCCGGACGCCCUGCGCGAGUCAAUGUAUACGACCGUUAAACGACUAUUUUGGGAGCCAGGUACUAUUCACGAAGCAGCAACGACUAUCAUCAAAGCGGGCUUAUUUCUUUCCAUAUACGAGUAUGGGCAUGGAAUGCUCAAUCCUUCCUACAUGACCAUGAACGUAUGUUCAAGCAUGGCUCAAAUCAGGCAGCUUGGAGGUGUACAUGAUUCCCUAGGUUUACCACCCUUUGGAGCAGAAUCUUCUAAACAGCACGAUAUCUUGAAAUUGUGGUGGGGAUUGAAAAUCCACGAAAGAAUGAUCAGCCUAGAAAAUGGAUAUGCCAUCAAGCCAAUUAACAUCGACGAAGCAGAACUCAUGAACAACGAUCGUCUUGAACUUGAAUUAGAAUCAGCGAAAUCAUACUUGAGUAUUGAUUCACACUACUUCGCGUACCAUCUUCAGGCUAGAGCUGCUAUUUGGUUAGAACUCGUGCUGCGUGUUGUGCGGGAUCCAAAUGCCAUAACUGCCGCUGGUCGCCUACGAUUUCAGGCCGUGGAUCGCGGGCUCUUGCGAUAUUUGACCAUUAUACUCGGCUUGGGCAUGGGAACUUGCUGUGAGGCCAUUGCAAUUGGGUUAAAUGCUUUUGUCCACCUCCACAGGGGUCGACUCAAAAUGAGCAACUCGUUCCACUUUUCAGAGCAAGAUAAGCUUGAAUCCUCCAGGGCGCUCGAGACCAUGCUUCGUAUACUAUCCGAUUUCUUCGAUGACCAGUUAUUCAAAAACCCUGGCUUUAUCAUAGCCAGCCCUACUGACGAUAAUGGGAUAUUCAGAGAGACUUUUCCAUAUUUUGUUCAUAUGACAUAUGUAAUAUUGCUAGAAUUGAAGGAACAUGGCCGAUUUGAGCAACUCCCUACUUCUUCAGAAGCUCCCCCAUUAGAGAAGGAGGUCGAGGCUCUAUGGUCUAUUUUGAACUUUGCUGCAGAACAUUGGCAGAUUGCACGAGACUUCAUGUCUGUACUUGGACAACCUUGA